GGAAGUGGACUGCGAAGUGGACUUCACAGGGUAUUCCGCCAUCUUAAGUGAGAUUCCAAUCCGAAGGGAGCGAACAUGUUCAGUUCGAAGGGCACUGCGCACGGCAUAGGGAAUCAGGGAACAUCGAUACAUCACUUCACAGGAAGUGGAGAGAGAUAAUCACCCAACUGUCAUUUCGCGCAUCACGUGAUCACCAGUCAGAACGGUCAGACCGCUAUGCAAUUAUGAGACAAUCGUUUAAAAACACAUAUAUACACGUAGUUAACCAAAUAAAAGUUUACUUUCAUAUUUGCAUGACAGUUACAGCAAGGCUUCAAUUCUGUUAAUAGUCAAGUAAUAGCAGCAAUAGUCAAUUAAAGUGUAUAAUAAACAUAAUUUUUUCAUUACGUAGUACUCAAUGUUUUUUAAUUGUAUAGUGUACAUAUUUUAAAUGUGAUAGUAAAUAAAAAUUAAAAUAUGAAUGUAGUCCUAUGUAUAUUAAUGUUAUAUCAAUCUGCGCGACCCCGUCGUUGACUUUCUUUGAUGACGUUUGCAGGCCGUUCCAAAUGAGCGGUUAUUGUCCGUGAAGUCCACUUCAACUGAUAUACCAUGCUCAGGGAGUAGGGAGCAGUGAACACUCCGGAGGGACACUGUCGAAUGGAACGCACCCGACUGUGGCGACUGCGCUGAUUGGUUAAACUUUGUAAAGGGGGAAGAGCUUCAUCGUUUGAAAAAUUACGUGCUAGCUUGGAAGAUAAGCGCCAUUGUUGGGAGUUCGUCGCGAAGCGAUGAUUUAAUAUCAAAUAUCGUUAUUAAAGCGUUUACUUUGUCGUGGAAAGGAGCAGAUUAUAUCAGGUUGACGUUGCCCAAAUCAACAGAUAUGGCGCAGCGUGUUGCUGUUAGUGAUGGUUCUGCUGCAUCCAAACGGACCUCCAGAGUCCGCGUGGCGGUUCGUCUGAGGCCCUACAUGGACAAACAGGACGAGAAAGGAGAAGGGCCUUGUGUUCGAGGACUGGGGCCACAGAAGCUAGAGAUUAUCAACUGGAGAAACGCCAAUGAAACUCUUCAGUAUCAGUUUGAUGCAUUUCAUUGUGAAAAGGCGAGUCAGCAGGAAGUGUUUGUGUCUUCAGUAAAGCCCAUUCUUUCUCAUAUACUUGGUGGUCAGAACGCCAGUGUCUUUGCUUAUGGACCCACUGGAGCAGGAAAAACUCACACAAUGCUCGGCAGUCAAGAACAGCCAGGAAUAAUUCCCAGAGCCGUCAGAGAGGUCUUCCAUCUAGUGGAAGCACAAGAGAAAGGACGGGAUGCUUGGGAAUACUCUGUUGGGAUGUCCUACCUGGAGAUCUACAAUGAAAAGGUGCUGGACCUGUUGUCUCCAGGUUCUCAGGAUCUGCCCAUCCGUGAAGACAAGGACAGAAAUAUUCUGAUUCCCGGGCUAACGCACGUUCCCCUCUCGUCCUUCUCUGACUUCGACAGUCAUUUUAUUCCUGCAAGUUUAAAUCGGACCACGGCCUCCACUAAACUAAACCAGCGCUCCAGCCGCAGUCACGCUGUCCUCCUUAUAAAGGUUGUGAAAUCCCAGCGUGGGCCGCCACACAGACAACAGACAGGAAAGCUUUAUCUCAUCGACCUUGCUGGAUCAGAGGACAACCGGCGCACAGGAAAUCAGGGUAUUCGUCUGAAAGAGAGCGGAGCCAUUAAUCUGUCCCUGUUCACCCUCAGUAAGGUGGUGGAUGCCCUGAACACAGGGGUGGGUGGACGUGUGCCCUAUAGAGACAGCAAACUAACCCGUCUGCUCCAGGAUUCUCUGGGUGGCUCCGCACAUUCGGUCAUGAUCACAAACAUCGCACCGGAGUACAAAUACUACUUUGACACAUUCUCCGCUCUUAACUUUGCUGCUAAGUCCAAGCUGAUUGUCAAUCGGCCCUUUGUCAGGGAAACCGUUUUGGCUCCUGCUAUCGCUUCUGGAAAGAGAGCUCGAGAUGACCAGGAAGCUGGAGGUUCAGGUGAGCCUCAGCAUAAAAAGUCUAAAGAAGUGAAGAAGCCUGAGCAGAGCGUGUCUCCGGUCACUCAUCCUCAUAGUUCACCAGACACAUCAGUUCUGGACAGACUUAUAGCUCUGGAGAAGAUGAUGAUGGGUUCAGCUGAGAGGGAGAGACUCAAUCUGCUCAAAACUGUGGCUCAGUCUCGAAAAGAGAUUCAGAUGUUAAAGGAGAAACAAAAGGAACUGGAGAAUAAGGCCAACAUGUUUAAUAAGAAUGAAAUGCAUGAGGAGUCCAGAGAUGUGUCGCUCUUCAAAACUGAUCUGCCACCUCUGCAAAGGAAGCAGUCCACGGCACGACCUCGCAAACAACAGGCUGUGGUGACUCCUCUGCUGGUUUCUCAGGUUCAACCUUUACAGUGUGCUGUGUUGUGUAAACCCUCACAAACUCUGGACAAGAAGAAACGUCUUCAAACAGUGAUGGGUGAGGGGAAGGAGAAUGGAGGUACAGAUCCUCCUCGUACUGAAGAUGUGAACUGGGAGACUCGUCUGGAUUCAGAGUUACUGGAACGGUCCAGAACGAAAAUCCUACAAACCCUUAACUCCGGCUCUUUGAAAGAGCUCAAGAGCCUUCAGCUUAUAGGAGACAAGAAAGCCAAGCUGAUCAUGGGCUGGAGGGAGAUUAAUGGUGACUUCACACAGGUGGAUGACCUGAAGAAAAUUGAAGGCAUUACGGCGAAACGCUUUACAUCUUUCAUAAAGGCUAAUAUUCUCAGUAGUCUGGGGAAGUGAGGUGUGGAUGGAUCUGCUAUCAUGAAAUAAGCAUUUGUACAGACUUUGUGUUUUUAUUUUUUUAUGCACAUUGUGUACAUUUAUUUUUUAUUCUAAGCUUUUGUGUAUACUUUGAUCUUGUUUUUAGUGUUUUCUUUUAUCUUUCAUGCAUACAUGUGCAACAUUUUCUUAAGUAUUUAACUCUUAAGUUUUGCUUCAUUGGUCAUGUGGUACUGAAUAAACGCUGUCAUGAUACGCAAA